AGUUGAAACUUAUUCUGAUUUGCAUCUUAGUUUGUAAUGGUAGAGCUGUAAGGGGUUCAUCAUUUCAGUGGAGAUGAGAUUAGAUCAUAUGGAUGUCAAGAUCUCUGGAACCUAGCUACUUUGAAUGAAGAUGGCCGGGGAAGGUUCUGCGACAGUGCUUCACGGGAGUUGUUAGUUUCAUUUUACAGGACUUUCACCAGAUGGUUAAUGAUGGCCUGUAUGAUCACUGGCAGAAGUAAGAAAAGGAUGUGUUGCUGGGGUGCAAUAUCUGAAUCCUCACCAGACCCAUGUUUAACAUACCAAAUAUUUGUGGUAAAUAUGAAGUUGGGUGGUUGUUUGACUUGGGUAUCAAUCUUAUGUCUGCUUGCUGUGACCAAGUCUUCCCUGCAUCUAGCCUCUAGAAGUAGUUCAUUUCAUGCAUGUAAAGUGAACUGAUAAAUGCUGGAGGUUUUCUUUUCCUUUCUUUUUUGAUAUGUGAUCUUACUUGCUUACAAUGACUUGAGAUUCUAGGCAGACACGGCAAGAAUGACACAGCAUCCUGUUGAAGCCGAAACUGAGUCAACGGUUGAAGUUCAUGUGCCAAUUGCAACACCCUCAUCUGGUGCAAUAAGCUUAGAGGAGUUUGGAAUUGCCAUGGACACUUUAACCAAAGUGGAUUUGGACUUGACUUGUUCCUCUGAAAAGUUGGGUAACUUACAUAUUCUCCUAAUGCAUCUACUGGCUUGGGAUAAUGAUCUGGAGGUAAUAGCUGCGUACAGCUACAUAUCAGCAACAUCAAUAGAGAAGGCACUGGAAAUUGAUCUUUUGUCUGGAAUCUUAGAUUCAGAGGUAAGGGAGGUGGAGAGUUUCAUGGAUAAUAUCCAAGCAGGCAUUGUUGAUGCACGUUAUAAGAUAUCUGCAUGCAGACACUCACCAAAAGCACCGAGUACAAUAGAACAAAAGUUGGUCGAGUGUGAAGAAUCAUUUAAGGAAACUCAAGAUAAAGUAUUGGAGGUGAAGAUCGAAUCAACCAAGUUACAAAGAGCCUUUUUAGCUCUCAGACAUGAGAACUGGGAAGAUGCCAAGGCCAUUACACUGUCACUCACCGGUAAUGGGAAGCAAAAUUCGAAGAAGCAGACGGCAGAACAUCACAGACGUGUCCUGAGGAUGUUGGAGAAUUCGCUUACAAGAGAGCUAGAUCUCGAGAAGAAAUUGUCUGAAUCAAAGCAGAGUGAAGAACAGUUGAAAUUAAAGCUGCAUUAUACUGAACAGGUUGUGUUUCGGAUGGAAGAAGCAGCAGAAGUUGUUUUGGGAAGAUUCUUGGAGGCAGAAAAUGCUGCUGAAGUCUUGAUGGGAAUUUCGAAGGAACUAGUAGGCCACCUUCAGAUUAUUCAGUUCAACUUAAAUGGUUCAUUCCAGCGAGAAUCUGAGUUAAGGUCAAAGCUCCAAGACUCCAUCCAACAACUAGAUGCUAAAGAUGUUGCUUUGAAGAAGCUUGAGAUCAGCCUAGCAGAACAUAUUGCAAAAAGUGCUGAAGUUCCGCUGAUGAAAGACAAAGUGAAAUCACUUGAAGAACAGGUGAAAAAAUUUGAGCUAAAUCUUAAGACUGCAAAUACUGUACAUGAAGAGGAUCAAGUGCAGCUGGUUGAAAUGGACAAUCUAGUUGAGUCACUCAGGGAAAAUAUCUUUGAAGCUGAAACUAGGGCUGAGAAUGCGGAGGCCAAAGUUAGCCAGUUAUCAGAUACAAAUGUGGAACUCUCAGAAGAAAUCGGUUUUCUGAAGAGUGGGAGAGAUAGUGAUGCAAAGAAGGUAACCUCUCUCGAGAAGCAGUUGAUGGAACUUCAAAUCCAGGUGCAACAUUCAAAGUCAUCAUCUGAAACAAGUCAAGAGCAACAGAAUAUGUUGUACUCUGCAAUUUGGGAUAUGGAAACGUUGAUAGAAGAGCUAAAAUCGAAAGUCUCCAAAGCGGAAAUCAAGCUUGAGAAUUCGGAGGAACAGUGCAUCAUCUUGUCUGAAACUAAUGCCGAGCUUGACGAUGAGCUAAUCUUGUUAAGGUCGAGAAUGCGAAGUUUGGAGACGUUGUUGGAUCAAGCUAACAACUCCAAGGCUGAAAGUGCCGAAGACAUCAAGUUGAGGACCAACCUUAUCAUGGAUAUGGUAUUUCAGCUUGGCAGAGAAAGAGAACGGAUCCAGGAUCAGCUACUUUCUCUUAUAAAAGAGAAUGAGAUAUUGAAGGCGAAGCUGAGUUUGACACAAAAGUAUGAUUUCCCUAACUCCUGGACCAACAGACCAGGCGAUGAUUGGAAUCCACGCUCUUCUGCCAACAAUUCGUCUAAGGAGACAUGUGGUAAGGCUUGUGAAGAAGCAGCGUCCUUAUCCGGGACUAGUGAGGCAGAUCGGGGAAGCAUCGGAGACCAGAACUCAACAUGAAACUGAAGUGAAGACUGUUCAAGCACCAGAUGACAGAACCAACACGAUGAUGAUUUCAGAAGUUGAAGGAUUGAUGACAGAAGAUCAUGUACAACAAUAUUUAAAAGCAAUUUGGGCGGUUCUAUCUGCAGCAGCGAUCAUAUAAUUGUUGCACAAGGGCUCUAUCUGCACCAGCGAUUAUAUUAGCGUGAAGUACUGACUGGUCAGGUAGUCACCGAUCCAUUCAAGACUCAUUUUAAAUGCAAUAGUUCAUGGUGUUUGCGGUGGAAUGCGCUAUCUUUUACUGUAAAUUUGAUAGGCUGGCAUGUCUUUCAUUUUUAUUGUUUGUGUAUGUGCUUUGGAGAACUAUUGGAUUUAUGUGAAUAGGUGUUCUGAGUAUGUCUUCUUCUUUUUUUCAUUUAAUACAUUCGCUUU